AUGCGUAUAGCAUUCUAUGGCGCCUUCAUUUUCAUAGCAUUAUACGCCCUACGGGCACUUCCGGCAUCAUUUCUCACGCGUAUCCCGGUGAAAGGGUUCCGGGGUAAUACUUUCAGGGCCAGAUGUACGAAAUUGGACGCACUGUGGUUAAUCACGGCGAUGGUGCAAAUCGUUACAAGUGUGGUUCUGCUUACGAUGCCGAUGCCGAUUCUUUCCACCCUGAGCUAUAAAGCAGAUAGUAGCUCUCGUGCUUCUUUGCACUGUUGGGGAAUUAUGGAUGUUCGGAGCAAGAGGGAUGAGUCCAAAAAGAUCGCACCGCGCCAACAACGGCGGUUCGGCCAAACGGAGUCUCAAGAAGGAAUCGGGCAGGACCAUGUCAUGGAACCUGUCCAUCAUGCAUAG